CGUGGGUUGAUCCCUAGCUAAAAAAUAAAUGGUUAGACGUUAGCUUCUGAAGCAUCUUUGCCAUGUUUUGGAAUGUGGGACCUCAGAGAUGCGUCUUAGUGCUGCAGCUUUAUCUGUUGAAUUUUGCCUGCUCUGUGUGGGCUGGCACAGACCUGUCAUCACAGCCUUCCAUCACAGCAGCCUCCUUCCUGCAGGACCUCUUCCUCCGCUAUGGGGAAAAUGACAGACUCAGUCUACAACAGCUUAAAUCCCUCUUGAACCACUUUGAUGUGGGUGUCGGACACAACAACAUCAGUCACACGGAGCAGCAGCACCGGAACCUGUCUUGGUGCUUUAGUUCCUCGGAGCUUUUUGCCGCCCACAAUCUGAGUGAAGAGUCGCACCUUGGCCACAGUGAAUUUCAGCAGUUCUGCCCAACUAUCCUACAGCAGCUGGAGUCAAGAGCAUGCAUGUCAGAGAAUCUUGAGAAUGAGGAGGAUGAGCGGACGGAAGAGGGGAAGCCAAGCGCUACAGAAGUCUGGGGCUACGGUUUCCUCUGUGUGACCGUCAUCUCCCUCUGCUCCCUGGUCGGGGCCAGUGUGGUGCCUUUCAUGAAGAAGACCUUUUACAAGCGGCUGCUCCUCUACUUCAUAGCCCUGGCAAUUGGUACUCUCUACUCCAACGCCCUCUUCCAGCUUAUUCCCGAGGCAUUUGGAUUCAAUCCUCAGGAAGAUUACUAUGUUUUCAAAUCAGCGGUUGUCUUCGGGGGCUUUUACCUGUUCUUUUUCACAGAGAAGAUCCUGAAGAUGCUUCUCAAGCAGAAAGACAGGCAUGCUCAUGGGCACAGUCACUACAGCACAGAGACCCUUCCUUCCAAGAAGGACCAAGAGGAGGGGGUGACAGAAAAACUUCAGAAUGGCGACCUGGAUCAUAUGAUCCCCACUAAGAGCAGCAGUCUGGAAUGCAAGAACCCUUCUGUUGAAGAGAAGGUUGUUAGCUCUUUAUCUGUCCAGGAUCUCCAGGCUUCUCAAAGCACAUGCUACUGGCUGAAAGGUGUGCGCUACUCGGACAUCGGCACCCUAGCCUGGAUGAUCACCCUGAGUGAUGGCCUUCACAAUUUCAUUGACGGUUUGGCCAUCGGCGCCUCCUUCACUGUGUCAGUCUUUCAAGGGAUCAGCACCUCUGUGGCCAUUCUUUGUGAGGAAUUUCCCCAUGAGCUGGGAGACUUUGUGAUUUUGCUGAAUGCCGGGAUGACGAUCCAGCAAGCCCUCUUCUUCAACUUCAUCUCAGCUUGCUGUUGCUACCUGGGGCUGGCUUUUGGGAUAUUGGCUGGAAGCCACUUCUCUGCCAACUGGAUCUUCGCUCUAGCUGGUGGCAUGUUUCUCUACAUUGCACUGGCCGAUAUGUUUCCAGAGAUGAAUGAAGUCAGCAGAGAAGAUGAAAGAAGUGGCAGUGCUUUGAUGGCCUUUGCUAUCCAGAACGCGGGACUGCUAACAGGAUUCACCAUCAUGCUGCUGCUCACUAUGUACUCGGGACAGAUCCAGCUUGGAUAGAGACAUGCUAGCUGCAGGUAUACGGACUGUGAAAAGCACAGCAUCCCACCAAGGAUUACAGAAAGAGGCAUGUUUCUUUAAGCCUGCUUCAUGAACUUCUCGUUGACUGACAUGCUGUGUGACUCUAAACUCCUCAUUGUAGGAUGAAGUGGCCUAGGAACCAUUUCUUAGUAUAGCAACAACAUCCCUCGUUUUUUUUCCUCCUUUGCCUUCAGGUGGAGUCUAGGAAGAAAAGGGUUCCAGUUUCCUUUUGUCUUCUUACUCAGCCAGAGGUGUUUGAAUGCACACACCCUUGGGGAGGGGUACAGGAUUUGUGCUGGUGGUUUGGGAGCCCCGGAGCUCCUGUUCCCCACAGUUGCUGAAAACAGAGAAUAUUUUGGAGUUUUAAACUGAAUGUCAGUGUUUGGUUGUUUCGGUUGGCUAGUUAAAUUUAAAAGAUGCACCAGAUUUUAAAAGGUGAAUGUAGGGUAACAAUAAAUGUUUUAAACGGUAUGCAAACUUA